CUCGCUCAUCCCAACAUGGCGGCCUCAGCUAAGAAGAAGAACAAGAAGACCAAGACUCUGACUCUGACGGAUUUUCUGGCAGAGGAUGGUGGUGGUGGUGGUGGUGGUGGCGGCGGCGGUGGUGGUGGUACCACCUAUAUUCCAAAACCAGUCAGCUGGGCAGAUGAAACAGAUGACCUGGAAGGAGAUGUUUCCACCACCUGGCAUAGCAAUGAUGAUGAUGUGUACCGAGCCCCUCCGAUUGACCGUUCCAUCCUGCCUACUGCACCUCGGGCAGCUCGGGAGCCCAAUAUUGACAGAAGCCGUCUCCCAAAAUCACCCCCCUACACUGCCUUUCUGGGAAAUUUGCCCUAUGAUGUAACAGAAGAAUCUAUUAAGGAUUUCUUCAGAGGACUUAAUCUGCAAAUAAGUGCUGUUCGUUUGCCCCGAGAGCCUAAUAACCCAGAGAGGUUGAAAGGAUUUGGAUAUGCUGAAUUUGAAGACUUAGACUCCUUGCUCCGUGCCUUGAGCUUCAGUGAAGAGUGUCUAGGGAACAGGAGAAUACGAGUGGAUGUUGCUGAUCAAGCUCAGGAUAAAGAUAGGGAUGAUCGCUCUUUUGGCAGAGACCGUGAUCGCAAUCGGGAUUCAGAAAGAUUCGAGACUGACUGGAGGGCACGUCCCACUACAGAUAACUUUGAUGAUUAUCCUCCUCGCAGAAGCGAGGAUAGCUUUGGAGACAGGUAUCGGGACCGUGAUCGCUAUGAUUCAGACCGGUACCGUGAUGGUGGUGCCCGAAGAGAUACGGAUCGCUUUGGAGGCCGAGACCGUUAUGAUGAUCGUAGAGACUAUGACAGGGGAGGUUUCGACUCGAGGUCAGGCAGUGGCAGAAGAGCCUUUGGCAGUGGGUACCGCCGGGAUGAUGAUUUCAGGGGUGGCGGUGACCGCUAUGAGGACCGUUACGAGAGGCGGGAUGAUCGAAUGGAUAGGUGGAGCAGCAGCAGCAGCUCGCGGGAUGACUAUUCCAGGGAUGACAGCCGGCGGGAUGAGAGAGGUUCUACUCAGAGGCCAAAACUGAAUUUGAAGCCCCGGAGUACUCCCAAGGAAGAAGAUACAACUGUAGCCCCUGCGAGUCAGUCUAGCCGUGCAGCUUCUAUCUUUGGAGGAGCCAAGCCUGUGGACACUGCUGCAAGAGAGCGUGAAGUAGAAGAAAGGCUACAAAAGGAGCAAGAGAAGUUGCAGCGCCAACUGGAAGAUGAUAAACCCAGGCUAGACAGACGGCCCCGGGAACGGCACCCUAGCUGGCGUAGUGAAGAAAACCAAGAGCGGUCAAGGACAGGAAGCGAAUCUUCACAGACUAGCAGCACAACCCCUUCUGUGGGGACUGGCCCAACAGGAAGAACUUCACGAAGGAGGGAGAGUGAGAAGUCAUUGGAAAAUGAAAACAUCAGCAAAGAGGAUGAAAGUCUUUCUCCAACCUCCAAGACCCCUAGAGAAGAGAAGCUUCCUUUGAAAGUAAUGCCAGCUCCUCCUCCAAAAGAAAAUGCCUGGGUGAAACGAAGCAACUCGCACCCAGCACGCUCACAGAGUUCUGACUCCGAUCAGCAUUCCCCAACAAGUGGCAGUCAAGCUGUGUUAUCAGAAGAUGGAGUGUCCUCCAAAGGUGCCCCACGAAAAGGAGAUGAAAACAGACCUGAUGGGGGAAAUGAGAGCGUUCCAAAGGGACGAAGAGGGAGCUCUGGCCAUGGUCCUGGAGAUGGAGGCAGCAGAGACCAUUGGCAAGACCUGGAACGGAAAGAAAGCAACGAGGAGCAUGACUCAAGAUCUGCACCUGAGCCAAAGAAAUUUGAAGAGAACCCUGUCCCCAAAUUUAGCUGUGCUAGCAAGUAUGCUGCUUUGUCAGUGGAUGGUGAUGACGAAGCUGAAGGAGAAGAGUAUGCUGAUUAAAUUCUCCAUCCCCCUCUAUGUUGUCUCCUAACCGGUUGCCAUCCAGGAACUUUUGGAGAGCAAAACCAAACCUUUAUUCAGACAAGACAGAAAAAUAAAAGCCUACAAGUGAACAUCUCCUGGGAGAGACCUUUCUUAAACCUUUCUUUAAAAAAUAAGAAAAAAAAUGAUAUAGAAUUUCUCUUGCAUGCUGCUGCAGCCUUUAAAGUAUUGAACUUACUGGAGAGAUCCCUGCAAAAAAAAAAAAAAGUACAGCAAGAGACAAAAAAAAGAUGGCAGGUGUCUUUUUAAAAAAGAAAGAAAGAAAUAGGCCCAGUAUGUGUUUGAAUGUUACUUCACGCUGCUUCUAAUCACAUUCAGAGCCUCGGGUCCUUUCCAUUAAGAGCUAAGGUUAGUGCUUUAGUAGGCUAGUGUGUGACUGAGCGCAUCGGGAACAUGGACAGCUAAACCCUGUCUCUUUCCCUCUUUCGGUAGCUUGGGUGGCUUCUAUAAUAUAAUCUCAAAGCAGUUAAUGCACUGGGGAGGAAAAGCAGUAUUAUCUUAAUUAGUUGAAAGAAGGGACCGGUUAGCUUUCACGUUAGAAGAUUACCAUCUCUGCCCAACAGGUAUCUCGGGAGUUUAGGUGCAUGCCUUGCUUUUCUGGUAUGAUGGCUGGCUCCCCCCCCCCCCCCCCCCCCCCCAAAAUCACCUGCCUUUAGAAAGUGUCACUGAGAGGCUGAACACAAGGCCUUUGCCUCUCAGGACCCUCUUCCUAGAAGUUUCAGGGCUGUAUCCCACCCACUCCAGAAAUUGGCCCUAUGGACAAAUUGCUUCAGUACAGAAAGCCACUUUUCAUUCAGCUCCUAUGAAACCAGCCUCCAUGUCAGUAGUCACUUGAGCUGUGCAGUGUCGGCACAGGGUGUAUACGGAUAGACCAUGCAGAAAAUAACUUUAUAUGUUUGAAGCUCCGUUGUUCUAAGUUUCCAGUAACCUUCCUAAAGGUACUGUGCUGUAUGAAGGAAUGCUGGGGAGCAAUUUAAUUUUAGGAGAUUUAUAAACUUUCCCUGAAGUGCUGUCUGUCCUUCUGUCUGCUUUUAAUCAUUGAAGGGCAAUCACUAUACUGUCACAAAGUAAUAGCAUUUUUUUUUUCAAAUUUAGAGCACUGCUUAAAGAGGGUGGGGGCCGUUGAAAGACUGGUGGAGCAUCUUCCUUGCAUCACACGAUGGUUCAUUUCCCUCCUCUAGCUUAGGUGUGGUUCGGCAAUUUGAAUAGCAAAGUUUUGAUUUUCCUUUUAAUUUUCUUCAAAAAAAAAAUAGGCUAUCAGAAGUUAAACUUGGGAAUAGGAAUUUCUGCCACUUGUUGUUUUAGCAUUCUUUCAUUUUUCUGAGCAAAUGCAUAGGGGAAGAACAAAUUGCAGCACAGGGAACAGAAGCAGCACAAUGCUUUAGUAGCCAGUUUACAAAUGCAUAGACGCAGGAAGGAAGCAUCUGCCUAGGACUUGGCUGGAUUUUAUGAGAUGUGCAUGCAUUCAGCGGGGGCUAUUUUACAUAAUUUGGGGAGAAGAACAAUGUGAUUUUACUCUUGAAACAAUCUCAAGUUAUAUUAAAUUAAGGAUCCAGGCUAUUGUAAAGUUGGUACAGUUAGGGUCUUAUUUUCAUAACUUUUAAGCUACAACUAAGCCAGCUUUUAGAAAUGGAACGAGUAUUGUCCUUUCUCAAAGAUGGGAGAUGGAAAGUGGGAUGAGACCUGGUGAGGGCAAUAGAUGGGCUUGAAAUGCAUGAUUGCUUUGAGUCUUUUAACAGUGAGGAGCUGUUAUUGGAGAGAAACUGCUAAUUUGCAAAUCCCAGAAGCAUUCUCUUUCUUCCAGCAAUCUUGAAUAUUCUGUCUCUACUAUCAGGACAGGUUCAUGAGUGGAUUGAGGUGCGUUU